AAUGAGUCAAGAAUCGACCCAUGGUCAGUACGUUCCGGAGCCGGAGCACGUGAGCGUGCACACGGUGAACACCGAGGGUUCGAGUUUCACGCCUCCGGGUGACGGAGGGCAACAGCAGAAUCAACCUGAGCCAGCGGGACAACCACCAGUUGUACCACCGCCAGUCGUACCACCUCCAGUGAUGCCACCGUUGGUGAUGCCGCAGGUGGCCUACGAGCAGAUGUUCCCGGCCAUGAUGGCCCAUUAUAUGCAGCACAUGGCGCAGCUUAUGCCCAUGUUCCAGCCACCGCCACCACCACAGCCGCAGCCGCGCAUCGUUACCUUCAAGACGUUGAAGGAUAAUGGAGCGGAAGAGUUUCGAGGAGACAAGAUGGGGGAGCCCCAGAUUGCAUUGGAUUGGCAUGAGCAGAUGGACCGGGUACUCAAGAAUUUGAGAGUCCCUGAUGCAGAUCGCUCGGAGUUGGCGUCACAGAUGUUCCGGAAGGGAGCAUAUGAUUGGUGGAAGCGCAUUGACCAGGAUCCACACACGCCCAAGCCUUGGACCUGGGAUCGCUUUGAUCGAGCCUUCACGAAGGAGUACGUCCCCACCCGGUACCGCGAGGAGAGGCGCGGUGAGUUCGUUGCGCUUAAGCAGGAGGGGAUGUCACUGCCUGAACUGAGACAGAAGUUCGACUACCUGUCCCAGUAUGCGACGAGUCUGGUCUCCACUCCGGGGGAUCGUUUGAAUGAGUUCGUCAAGAAGCUACGGCCGGACUUGAGGCCGUACGCCGCGCUGAUCACGACGACAGAUUUUAAUGCGGCGUAUGAUUUGAUUGUGAAGACGGAAAAGAGCUUGGACGAUUUGCAGGCAACCAAGAAGGAGGAUCGAGCGACGAAAAACCCGCGACCCGCGGCCAGCACCGUGCCGAGCGGGAAGAGUUUUGGAUUCGGGGGAAAGAGGUACGAGAAGGGUUCUUCGAGUGCGCCGCCGCCUAAGAGGAGUAAGUCGAAGCCGUCUCCGUCAGCCGCCGCUAGCAACUCGAUCAGAACGAGGAGCCACCCGCAGUGUGUACAGUGUGGUAGGCAUCACCCGGGCGAGUGUUGGCUCGCCCAAGGCUUAUGUUUGGGUUGUGGUCAGCCAGGGCAUUUCAGGGGGCAUUGCCCGACAAACCCUAGCAGCGAGCCUGUUUUUCCUAGAGCUCCGGAUCAGCCUGCCGCAUCGCAUCUAGCACGGAGUCAGCAGUCUACGGCCGCAAAUAAUCAGCAGAGACCACAUCCGCAGCAGUCAGGCCGGGCACCAGCGCGUACCUACGCCAUGCAGGGGCGCACAGAUCCUAGUCCCGAUGUUAUCUUGGGUACGUUCAUACUAUUUGAUUCGGUUAUGCAUGCCUUGAUCGAUCCGGGUUCUACGCUCUCUUAUAUCUGUGUUGGCAUGCUUGCUAAUUCUGUGAUCGUGAGGAGUGACCUUGAGAUACCUACCGUUGUAUUGAAUCCGUUAGGACAUAGCAUGCGUCUUCAUCACAUCUAUCAUAGGUGUCCGUUGUCCGUGCAAGGGAAGCAAUUCCCUGCAGAUUUGAUAGAGCUACCACACAAGGAGUUUGACAUUAUCCUUGGUAUGGAUUGGCUCACCGAGCAUAUAGCAGUGGUCGACUGCAGUUGUCGGACCGUACGGCUGAGAGCCGAGGACGGUAGCGACGUAUCACUCUCUGGGGAGGUGUUCCCCAAGGCUCCCGAGUUCAUAUCGUCCUUGAGCGCGAGACGCUUGAUUCGCAAGAAGUGCGAGAUGUUCCUGUGUCACGUUCAGGAUAUGCGAAAAGAAUCACCACGUCAGCAGGACAUCCGUACGGUUUGCGACUUCCCCGAUGUCUUUCCCGAAGACCUACCUGGUUUGCCUCCGCCGAGAGAGGUAGAGUUCUCGAUCAAUCUCAUUUCGG